CUGCACCGUGCACCCCCACUACUUCUAUUGUGUGACUUUGUAGCUCUAGCUAGAGACCCCCCACAGAUACUUUAGCACAAAUAUUAUUAUUGCGUUGUCCUGAUCGAGCAAAAGAUACACAACCAUACCCUCCACCCUCCACCCUCCACAAAUUAAUCAAAUCGUUCUACUAGUCUACUCUACUAGCUAGUAUUGCAAUUGCUGCUGAGCUACUCCACUACAGUACCUAAUAGCUGCUGUACUAUCUCCACUAUAUCCGUUAAUUGCCUGCUUCUGUUUUGACUUGACUGAACGAGAGAGAGAGUGACAAUGACAAGACUACUAUUCAUACGGCGUACCACUACAGCUUUACGACCGCCCUUCUUGCUGUUAUUAUUAGUAUCACUACUGAUCAUUCUACCCACCACAACAUCAGCCUAUCGAAUGGGCGAUGCGAUUGACGCCGAAAUUUCGAUUCCCAAGAAACAAGCCUCAGGUGCUACCACUAGUGCUACUAAUAAGAAUGAGGAGAUUGCGUUGAAACGAAGUCAAAUGCCGUUAUUUGGCAUGAGCACAUCGUCCAAAGUCCAACUGGGCGAUGCUCCCAAAUUCUCACUCGUGUUGGAAGAAGGCUUUCGAUCGUUGCCCGUCGUUUGGCUCAAAAAGGGUAGUAGUGCUACUAGUAGUGAAAUAAUGGUAUUGGAAUCGUUGGAAGUUCAAUUGGUCUUUUCCAGAAGCAGUGGCGAAAUUCAUGCCCUUCAUCAUACACCCAAAUACAGCAAGGCCGACACUGCCGAUAGCAAUCGAGACAAUCAAGAAAUCACGCUUCGCUAUAAUUGGAUCGAAGAAGAAUCGGUCGAUUUGAACGGAGGAGCCUUUGUCAUGUUUUUGGCGGUAUUCAUUGUGUCGCUCUUCUUUUUGAUUGAUCUCUGUGGACUCUGUGCAGACAAUGACGAUAUUUACGACACUAUCGGCAAUCAAGAUCCCUACUAUUCCAACCCCAAUAUCAACACUACGACAACCUACGAUCAUAAUAAUCCAAUCGAUCCAAUGGCAGUCAUGAGUGGAGGCAGACCGGCUCCCAAGUACGAGUAAUGCGAUCCAAUUUAAAAACAAAACAAUUCAACUAUAGAGAUAUCUCCGUUUGAGUUUG